AUGGAUGCGCAUGGUGAGGUUGGGGACAGCAGCAAUGGCAACGACAAGGACGUCGCUGGUGGCUCUGCACCUAUACCUGGAGCAGUCACAUAUAUAGCAGGGGUAUAUUUUCACUUGAAAAAUUGCUCCUUCUCCAUCGUGGCCAGUUGGACUUGCCUCGCCGCUCCAUGGACUCGUCUCACCGUCGCUUGGAGUGUCUACCACCGUCGCCGCCUGUUGGCCCUCACCAGGAAGGAGAUGAAAUAUUGGGCCAGGCACGGCCGCGACGGAGGAGUGCCGUCGGCCAGCGCGUGCGGAUCUACGUCCACGGCACCAUCCUCGGAUACAAGAGUUAGCAUUAUUUGUGAUGAGUGCAUGGUGGACUCCAUGGAAUGGCCUAAAAUCACAAACUACAGAGUUCUAACUGAGAAGGGCACCCCUGUACACGUUGAUGCAGAACACAAGAGUCCAAGACUAGCAGGUUUGCCAUACGCUCAUGCCCAUCAUAUGUUUGUUGAAAUCCUCGAGAGAUAG